AUGGGCUUUCAAAAUUUCAGAGGGAGAGGAGGUGGCUCACGUGCUUCCCAGGGUGGUUUUCGAAGAGGUUCCAGAGGGGGUUAUUCUGAUAAGUUUCAAAGUGGUCCACCUGAAGAAGUUGUUGAAGUUGGAGUAUUUGCUCAUCCAUGUCAAGAAGAUAUUGUCUGUAAAAUCACAUCAGAAAAAAUACCUUACUCAAAUGCUCCUGUUUACUUGGCGAACAAAGAAGAAAUAGGAAAGGUCGACGAAGUUUUUGGUCCAAUUAAAGAUGCAUACUUUUCAAUCAAACUUUCAGAUACACUUAAAAGUAAAUCAUUUCAAGAAGGUGUUAAGUUUUUUAUGGAUCCUGCCAAGUUUCUUACUCUUGAUCGCGUGAUGAACCCAAAUUCUAGUAGAGGGCAAAGAGGUGGUCGUGGUCGUGGUGAUCAAAGAGGUGGUCGGGGUGGACAUGAUUUUUCACGUGGUCGAGGAAGGGGGGAAUCUCGAGGUGCUCGUGGCGAUUUCCGAGGAGGACGUGGUGGUUCUCGUGGACGGUGGAGUGAUGGAGGUGGUCACAGUAAUCGAGGCGGAUUUCGUGGUGGGAGGGAAAUGAAUGGUCAGCGUGGCGGUGAACGUCAUUCGUUCGGAGGAAAACGAGGCGCAAAUUUUUCUGCGUCUAAUGCACCACAAACUUAA